AUGGCGCCGAGGACUGUGUAUCAAUUUUCAGGACAUCGAAGUCAGGACAUCUACAAUGAGCUAAACAGCUCGGCUGGAGAGAUACGCGUGCUGAAGCUGUCACAAUCGGACAAUUUUGCUGCGCCCAUCAAUUGCAACCUCGUCCACGUCCAGCUUCGAAACGACACAAUCGGAGAGUAUGAGGCCUUGUCGUAUGUUUGGGACGAACCGCUUUUCGUGCACUCCAUUACGCUCAACGGCAAGCCUCACAAAAUCACCAAAAACCUCGAGCUGGCAUUGCGGUACCUCCGAUCGGCCAGGAGGGACCGCACACUAUGGGUUGAUGCUCUCUGCGUUAAUCAGAGCGACCUCACGGAACGAAGCAAGCAGGCGCGGCUCAUGAAGAAGAUUUACUCGCGCUCAAAAGCCGUUCUCGCAUGGCUGCCGACCUUCAGCUCCAUCGCCACCAAUGACGACCUCGCUUGGUCUUCAGACAAUCAGUUGAUCGUCCAACAAGCCAAGUCCGACGUCAGGAUCAUGGGCGAGGCUCUGGAAUUGACGAGGAAGAUCUGCGUACGUGACUAUGGCACCCUUCUUCAAAUGCAUGCCAACUUCAUCCAUGCUGGCGAUGAGUCCGAUGACCCUGCACGACGUCGUGAAAAGGAUCCCCUGGCUGUGCAUGCACAAUCUCGGUAUUUACCCAUUGAUGCUCCAUUUCUCCUAGACAGAGAGCAAUCGGAGCUCAUGCGCGAUCUAUUUAUCAAGCCUCCUUUUUGGAAGCGGCUUUGGAUCAUGCAAGAAAUGUCACUUGCCCGUCGGCUCGUUCUGGUUGCCGGACACUACGAGCUGAGUUGGCAAUUCAUCAGUCUCUUCUUCCAUAAUGUUCAUUAUUCCAACGCCUUCUACGCUUCCCCCGACUGGAAUUACCAUCCAAAACUGCUCAACUAUGCUUUUGCCGUACCGCUGAAGAUUGAGCACCAACGCCUGAUCCAAGAGAAUUCGAUACGGGGGAAGUGCAACUCAUCGACACUCCUAGAAGUGCUUAUGCGUUUCGCGGAAAGCAAGGCAACGGACCCCAAAGACUACGUCUACGGUGUUCUCGGCCUUGUGAAUGACAGGCUCGGCAUCCAAGUGAACUACUACGACUCGCUGCCCACCUUAUUUACGGACACCGCGCUUGCCAUCAUCAACAACGCAGCAAAUCUGGACCUUAUCUGCCAGACAGCCUGGAGACCACGACAUGAUCCGGACGGAGCUCUGACUUAUUCGGUAGCGUCUACUCGUAUUCGCGGCUUGCCCUGUUGGGUGCCCGAUUUCGCCAACAGCCUGGGGUUCGAAAACCAUGAGACGCUGCUCUUCGGCCAGGUAGGGAUAUACGAGGCUGCACCACCCAGCGGCAUAUGUUUUCAAGUUUUUCAUCAGAAGUACCUGGGGGUGAUGGCUACGAUCAUCGGCUCAAUCUCUCGAGAUGUCAUGAAGGAUGAAAACGACAUUAUGCGCAGAGGCUUAUACUGCCAGGGAACCUAUCCUUUCAGCGCCGCCAUGCAAUAUUGGAACACCGAGCUGCGCCAAUGGCUCACGAACGCUGGUCUCGAUCUAGCGAGGCUCGAAUGCAAUGAGUUGUAUGCGCCGACGGGCGAGACCUUGGUUCGAGCCCUUUGGCGAACGUUGACGACAGACCUUAUCGCGUAUCCCGUUAUGCGAACCAAGAACGAGAAGAGGCCGACAAUGGAUCGCAUCUUCAGAGCAAUCUUGAACGGCCACUCCCAAGUGCCUGUGGCUGACGACGAUUCUGGCAACCCAAAGAUGGGCUUCUGGUCAGAGUUAAUGCCCCAACACCACGAAAUGAUCCGACGCGUCAGCCAGCAUUGGACCUUCGCCGUCACCAAGAACGGGUUAUUCACCAUGAUGCAGCAUGCUCAGCCGGGAGACGUCAUUGCAUGUGUGAGGGGAUCAAACGUCCCGCUCAUACUACGUCCAAGAGGCCUAAUUCUCGGCAGAGGAGUAUACACCUUUGUCGGGACCGCCUAUGUCCAUGGGUUCAUGGAUGGCGAAGCUCGUAAGCUGGCCAAGGAAGGUCGGCUGCUUGAGAGGGGAGUGCUCUUCAACUAG